AUGGAAGUAGGAGCUCCGCAAGGUUCAAUUCUUGCUGCAACACUAUUUAGACUUCAAAUACAUUUCUUACCAUCAAUAUUUCAACAAGAAGCAGCACAUCUCUUUGCAGAGGUCAAGAAAGGUGAGCUCCACAUAAUUCAGUUUGAAAUAGAAAAGCCCAUAGACUCCACCUGGAAUGCUAGUAGCAUCACCUGGGAUGCUAGUAGCAUCACCUGGGAUGCUAGAGGCAUCGCCUGGGAUAGUAGUGGUGUGCCAGGUGACCCUCCUAGCAUUCCAGGUGAUGCUGCUAGCAUCCCAGGUGAUGCUACUAGCAUCCUAGAUGAUGCUACUAGCAUCCCAGGUGAAGCCCCUAGCAUCCCAGGUGAUGCUACUAGCAUCCUAGAUGAUGCUACUAGAAUCCCAGUUGAAGCCCCUAGCAUCCCAGGUGAAGCCCCUAGCAUCCCAGGUGAUGCUACUGGCAUCCCAGGCGAUGCCCCUAGCAUCCCAGGUGAUGCUACUCGCAUCCCAGGUGAUGCUACUGGCAUCCCAGGUGAUGCCGCUAACAUCCCAGAUGAAGGCCCUAGCAUCCCAGGCAAUGCCUCUAGCAUCCCAGGCGAUGCCUCUAGCAUCCCAGGCGAUGCCUCUAGCAUGCCAGGUAUUCCCUCUAGCAUCACAGGCAAUGCAUCUGUUAAUCAUCAGAUACAACUCGACCUAGUACUGUCAGUCAAAUAGGGCCGUACUGCUUUAAACCGAAAAACAUGGACUGUAUUUUAUGGUAAAACGUGGAUGGGAAGUGAGCUCCAAAUUUGGAGUUUACGCAGUUUGGAGCUCACUUUUCUUGACCCUUUGCAGAUGAUCUAGCAUUACUUUUUUCAGGAUCAUUAGAGAAGAAAUUCUCCGUUAACAUAACUGAACUAGAAGAAAGAGCAAACAAUACAUUGAAAAAUCUUGAAAAAUAUGCAGACGAUAUACUCCUACCUGUUAAUGUCGAAAAAACAAAGGGACUACUUGUACAUAAUAUCGUGUCACCGAGUUAUCCUAAAAUAAAAUAUAAAAAUACAAAAAUAGCUUAUGUAAAAGAAUUCGAAUAUUUAGGCGUGAGAAUAACCUCAAAACUAGGCUGGGGAAAAUAUAUAGAAUAAAAAACUAAAAAAGAUAAGAACAACAUAUAAAGCUAUGAAAUUACUAUUCAAUACGAUUCCAAAGAAAGAACUAACUACGCGAAGAAAAUUUUUUUUUGCUUUUUCUCUCCCUCACUUCAUAUGGCUAUUCCCAACGUGGUUUUUCUUUACUGACAGACAACAACAAAAUAUAAGUGAAACUUUCACUUACGGAAUAAAAAUCGUUUACGGAUUGUUAUGGUGGGAUAAUUUGACUACUCAAAUAAUUAGUAGAGAAAAAACGUUAUAUGAUUAUGUAUACAAAUAUUGGUCACGGUUCUCGAUUCAUUUAGAUCAAUCCCUUGAAGCUACUCAAUAUCAGCAUACAUGGACCGCGUUUACUAUUGCUAAAGAUAGUAAAACUUGGUAUAAAUUUCUUGGAUUUAGAAAAAAUAAUAAAUUUUUAAAAAGACUAUGGCCCCGAACAGACCGAACAAAAUAAAACUGAAUUAACCAAUGAGACGAUUAGAAACGAUAAAACAGAAAUAAGUCAUCUUUGGGGUCAAACACACUACAGAAGUGACUUAACUUAAGACAAAUUUAAGCAACGUGAUUGGUUAAUUUAUACUUAAGUCAUCUCAAAAAGAUGACUUAAGUCUGAAUUAAGUAAUGUGAUUGGUUAAUUCAGUCUUAAGUUAAGGCUAUGAACACACUAGACGAAGUGAUUUAACUUAAAUCAGAAUUGCGUAAGUUGAUUGGUUAAUUCAUAUUUAAAUCAUCUUUUCGAGACGAUUUAAAUAUGAAUUAACCAAUCAACUUACGCAAUUCUGAUUUAAGUUAAAUCACUUCGUCUAGUGUGAACAUAGCCUAAGACAGUUGUCUCUAGUGUGUUCGACCCCUUUUCGAGACGAUUUAUCUUAAUUCAACUUUUAAUGCGCCAAUCAUUCAAUAGCAUGAUUGAACAAUGAAAGAUAUAUGAAUAGAUAGAUAGAGAAUAGAUGUGAUGUCGCUGGAAAAAAUUAAUUAUUAUAAAAUAGUACUAGUUUCGUUUGAUAUUCAAUAGAUUAUGACUUUUCAAAGUGUUAUCGAUCUAACAAAUAAAAAUGUUUUUUUUUACAACUAAAAACUUCAUAAAAUUGAUUUAUUUUCGCUACAUUGUAGAGGAUGUUCUCAAUUUUCAUUAGUGGAUUAUCUAUUGUGUGUGGACGCGCGCUGACUUAAAACAAAAAUUAAAUCGCUCUAUUUUUGGUCUGUUCGGGGCCUAUCCGAAAGGGUAAAACAUACUAAAGAUGACUGGUUAAGGUUUGAAGCCAAUCAUAAACCUCAGCAUGAGUAUUUCAAAAAAUCUACAUUAUAUUUAAAUUUAUUUAUUUAUAAAUAUUUCUUACUUAAUUAAUAAUUAAGAAUAAAAUACAAGAAGUAGUAAAAGUUGUGUUUUAGAAAUAGAUGUCUCUAACUCAUAGCAUAUUCGAUCCUUUUUUUCAAAAAAAUUGUUAAACCUACAUUAUAUGUUCCUUCACUUAAUCAUAUACAAUAUUCUUUUCCUCUUCAUUUAUCUUAUAAACUAUAUUAUGUAAUACACUGUAAAAAAAAAAAGGUACUUUACCGAACCUUAAAAAAAGGUUCGGUAGAUG